AUGGAAAAGGGAACAGAAGGAAUGGCCGCCGCGGCUCCCGCUCCUCCUGCCGCCGCCUCCCAGUGCCGGAGCCCCCGCUGCACGGCGGAGCGCAGGGGAGUCCGCCGAGAACUCGACUCCUGGCGGCACCGGCUCAUGCACUGUGUGGGUUUUGAAAGUAUUUUAGAAGGGCUUUAUGGACCAAGGCUACGAAGAGACCUCAGUUUAUUUGAAGACUGUGAGCCAGAAGAGCUAACUGACUGGUCUAUGGAUGAGAAAUGUUCCUUUUGUAAUUUACACAAAGAAACAGCCAGUGAUCGUGCAUCAGUUUUCGGUUCUUCACAGUCAACGCCUACAGAGGAACUGUCAUCUCAGGGCCAGUCCAACACUGAUAAGAUUGAAUGCCAAGCAGAAAACUAUCUAAAUGCACUCUUUCGAAAGAAAGAUCUUCCUCAGAACUGUGAUCCUAACAUUCCCCUAGUUGCUCAGGAAUUAAUGAAAAAAAUGAUCCGUCAGUUUGCGAUUGAGUACAUUUCAAAAAGUAGCAAAAUUCAAGAGAAUAGAAAUGGUUCAUCAUUUGAACCAAGUCUGAUGUGUAAAAGUAUCCAAAUGAACCAAACGGAAAACUCCCUUCAGGAAGAACAGGAUAGCCCUCUAGACCUCACUGUGAAUCGAACUCAAGAACAGAAUACUCAGCAAGGGGAUGGAGUGCUAGAUCUCUCUACAAAGAAAAGCGCAAGGUUGGAAGAACCAAAAUAUGAUCCACUGUGUUCUGAAAACUCAGUGUCUGGGAGACUACACAGAAACAGAGAGGACUAUGUGGAAAGAAGUGCUGAGUUUGCAGAUGGUUUGCUCUCAAAAGCUUUGAAAGACAUUCAGUCUGGAGCACUGGACAUAAAUAAAGCAGGCAUACUUUAUGGCAUACCUCAAAAAACUUUACUUCUCCACUUAGAAGCCUUACCAGCAGGAAAGCCUGCACCUUUUAAAAAUAAAACUCGAGAUUUCAAUGAUAGUUAUUCAUUUAAAGACAGUAAAGAAACUUGUGCAGUCCUACAAAAAGUAGCCUUGUGGGCAAGAGCUCAAGCAGAGCGCACAGAAAGUAAACUCAGUCUACUUGAAACCUCAGAAUUAAAAUUCCCAACAGCUUCCAGUUACCUCCACCAGUUAACUCUACAGAGAAUGGUCACUCAGUUUAAAGAAAAAAAUGAAAAUCUACAAUAUGAAACUUCAAGUCCUACUGUACAAUUAAAAAUUCCUCAGCUAAGAAUAAGUUCUGUGUCCAAACCACAGUCUGAUACUGCUGGUCUUCUGGAUGUUAUGUACCACGUUUCUAAAACCACCUCAGUCUUAGAAGGAUCAGCUCUUCAAAAAUUGAAAAAUAUCCUCCCUAAACAGAACAAAAUAGAAUGUUCUGGACCUGUAACUCACUCAAGUGUUGACUCCUACUUUCUGCAUGGGGACCUCUCUCCUUUGUGUCUUAAUGCUAAGAAUGGGACAGUAGAUGGAACCUCAGAAAAUACAGAAGAUAGUUUGGAUCGUAAAGAUAAUAAGCAACCAAGGAAAAAACGUGGCCGCUAUCGGCAGUAUGACCAUGAAAUAAUGGAAGAAGCAAUUGCAAUGGUAAUGAGUGGGAAAAUGAGUGUUUCCAAAGCACAAGGAAUUUAUGGGGUACCUCACAGCACUUUAGAAUAUAAAGUAAAAGAAAGAUCUGGAACAUUGAAGACACCACCGAAGAAGAAACUCCGAUUACCAGAUACUGGCUUAUUUAAUAUGACAGAUUCAGGGACUGGCAGCUGCAAAAAUAGUAGCAAGCCUGUGUAG